UAACUCUUCAGGUUGUGUGUUCCUUCGGUAGCACAGCCAGUUAUUGACGGCUCACUUCUCUCUUCAACAUUAUGAAGACCACCAUCAAAUAAGGCUGUUUAUGUGAGUGCUUCCAUUUUUCUUAAACUCGGUCUUGCCAGAAUUGCUCAGAUUUAAGGGCAUCUCUGCAUAAGGACACACCUGUCGUUACAGAUGAAGUGCAAAGGAACUGAUAUUUCUGGUUAGGGAUUUUAAGGGCUGAAUGAUGACUGGUAUUUUUUCACCAAAACAUAUCCAGCAAGCAAAAACCACUCGUUACUCCUGACAAAGAACCAAGCGAUCCAAAACUGUGACAGACUUGAUUUCCAAGCGGUGCUACCGUUGGGAGUCAUUUUACCUCGAGUCAUGCCUGUGGUUAAAGUGGAGAGUGACUCUCCCUCUGAAACCACUCUUCCAGUGAAUGACGGUCAGAGAGCAGAUCCGCAAAGAGGGCGCCGGAGGAAGAGGCCCCUUCAGCGAGGCAAACCACCAUACAGCUACAUCGCCCUGAUCUCCAUGGCCAUCGCCAACUCGCCCGAUCGCAAACUCACCCUGGGAGGGAUCUACAAGUUCAUCACAGAGAGGUUUCCUUUCUACCGAGACAACUCCAAGAAAUGGCAGAACUCCAUCCGCCACAACUUGACACUCAACGACUGUUUUAUCAAGAUCCCUCGAGAGCCUGGUAGACCCGGAAAAGGCAACUAUUGGGCACUGGACCCCAACGCUGAAGACAUGUUUGAGAGUGGUAGCUUUCUAAGACGCCGAAAGCGAUUUAAACGCAGCGACUUCACUACGUAUUCAUCGUACGUGCACGAGUCUCCCGUCUUCUCACCAGUCCAAAUUGCACGCUCAGCCUACGCCAACUCGGUCUACUCUAACAUGAGUCCGCCAUACACACAACAGCUGCCUUCCUCCUACUACCAGGCCUCCACUCCAAGCUUCGGCGGAAGUCAGUCGAGGGUCUUCAGAAUCAACUCCCUCAUUGGGUCGCCAAGCAGGAUGGGCCAGAGCGCAGAAAUGAUUCCUCAGCAGUCUUGCCGCAGUUUCAGUCCAGAGAGUGGCUCCUGCCAUUUGGGUGGACCAGGCUUCCAACAUCAGCCCUGCAGCGGGGAGACGGUGCUAUCCUGCUGUUCUAGCUCCUCAAACAACAUGGCAUUUGCCUACUCCAGCCCGGGACAUGGACAAACUCAGGUAUCAUAUACACAAGGCAGCACCCAGGCUUAUGGGCCAACAGGGAGGAUGGCCAUCUCCAGUUUGUCUCCCAUUGCUGGUGAUGCUGUCGGGGACCCGUAUGGUAGAACCUCCCCUGCACAGCUGGGCUCUUUUGUUCAAUACAAUAACUCUGGUCCAGUAGGAAACUCGGGAGCCUACAUCAGGCAUCCAGCUUACUCGGGUAAUAUGGACAGAUUUGUGUCUGCCAACUAACAAAGAUCAAGGAUCUUUUCCCAUAGCGAGAACUGCUGUCACAAAGGAACAGAUUUGGAAAGACGAUUUCAGUGACUAUGAAAAACAUUGUGAAAAACAACUGUGAUAUUUAAAAUGUUGUUGUUGUUUCAUUGUGAUUGCCUCCAUAUAGUACAUUGAAAUGUUAAUGAUCUCAAUUCACACAUACAGACCUUUUGAAAAAAUGUUUACAAAUUCCAAUUUUUUUUAAAACAUUGUCUAAGCAAGGUGUUUUUUAAUUAUUUGUGAAAUGUGUUCAUAUGUUUUAUACAUGCUUUUCUUAUUUCCAUCUGUGGUAAAAGUAUAAAUACUUCCAUUUACUUUUCAUUGAAUUACGUUACUACAUUUACUUAAAUCAGUGGUAUAAACAUUUUCUUAAAGAGGCUGUGUUGCUGGAUCUUUCAGAGAAUGAGGAAAUCUUUUUUUUUUCAAUUUAACAUUGAAUAUAUACACACUAGGCUCUAAAUAAAGAAAAUCAUAAAAUA